UAGUUGAUCCGGAAGACUUUCUGCCUUAUGAGGCAGACUUCUAUUAGCUCAGACUCUGGAGGGUUGGCAGAUCCAGGAGUGAGGGGCCUGCACUUGCCAUCAGGAAACCAGCUUUGGACUCUUACGCUUCAGAGACUGCUGUUGGGCAAGGGAGCCCUGUGCCAGUCAGAAUGCCAGUCAUGAUAGAAGACAUUAUGAAACUACUCUGCACUAUUUCGGAGGAGAGGAAAAUGAAGGCUGCCUUCAAGCAUUCAGGGAAGGGGGCGCUGGUGGCAGGCGCUGUGGCUUUUGUUGGGGGUUUAGUGGGUGGCCCCCCAGGAGUAGCUGUUGGGGGGACAGUUGGUGGCCUACUUGGUGCUUGGAUGACCAGUGGACAAUUUAAACCAAUUCCUCAGAUCAUAAUGGAACUGCCCCCUAUUGAGCAACAGAAGCUUUUUAACGAAGCCUUUGCCAUUAUCAGAGACUUAGACUGGACGGAUGCAGUGCAGCUGACUGCCCUGGUAAUGGGGAAUGACGCCCUUCAGCAGAAGCUGGCAUCAGUGGUAGUAAAUUAUGUCACGCAAACGCUUCGAGCAGAAGUACAGUAUGGAGACUAGCCCUCUCCCGUGAAUCGUUUUUACUGUGUAAUGCAGGGAUUUUCAUUUGGAUGAUUUUGAUGACUUUGGUGUAGAAAAAUAGCUAGCAAUUGCUGCUACUUAUGUUUGAGGUACUGGAACACCCUCACUCUGAGUGAGUUUCUCCAGAAAUCCUUGAUCCUUGAGUUAUAACAAAAUUGGGUCAAACUAUCUAAUUUAUAUUAAGUUGCUGAGGAAGUAUUGUAGCAUGUUCCCAAAAUCAUCUGUAAAACAACUUGGUGGUUCCAGAUCCUACUCAGAGUCAUGCCCAUAGACAUACUUUUGACUGUGAAGUUGUCAAAAAAAAAAAUUGACAGGAAGGUUUGCUUACUGCAAACAUUAAUUGUACUUUUCUAAAUUCAUUUCAUCUCUCACAAGGCUGUUUAAAAAGGUGAUCAUAUUUAAUUGCCUUUUGGACUACUUUUAGGUUUCUUCUUUGCAAUCAUUUUUUUUUUUUUGUAGCACCUGGGUACUAGUUUCCUGUUGGUGCCUCCUCUGCCUUCACGGUUUUUUAACAGAAAACAGUUGUGAAAAUGUGUUUCACUUCUUACUUCUCCCUGUCAUUGUACACCUCCCUGACUUUAAGAAUCUGAAUCACCGUGAAAUUCUCAGCAAGGGGGAAGAAUAAUCUGCUGAUUUCAAUGCAGUCCCACAGUACUGAAGAAAGAAAUAUAAUAGAGGCUGUUCAUGUUUGUGUCUAAGUCCUUUGACCUCUCAGUGCCUCACUUACCUCAUCUAUAAAAUGAAGGUAAAUUUUUUUUUUUUAAUUUUAAGUGGUUAUUUUCAGAGCAAACUCUUGUUAGUUCUUCUUUCCCAGGAUCAUGAGCCACGUCUCACAAAUGGUUCCUUUGACUUGCUAAUUGAUGUGUUGAGCUUCAGCAAUGCUCCACUUAAAACAUUUAGUAAAGGAGCAUUCCUUAUAGCAAAGGAAAAAUGCAGAUUAAUCUUUUCUGAAUAAACCCUUUUUCUCAUUUAUUUAAUGAUGACCAUCCUGUAAUGCUUUCCAGAACAGUUUACCAGAUGAACUGGAUACUACCAGAACCUGGAAUUAAGGAUUAUGCUGUAGUGUAUAAAUCAUCCUUUUAUAUUGAAAACACACACAACAAAACUCCCUUGAGUUGUUGUGAAUUUAACUUAGAUGCAAGUUUUUUGGGAAGUUUAGCCUUCCCCAUCUGGGCUGCUGCUAAGUUGUAGGUGUAGUUCCCUUAGCACCACCACCCCCAGACCCCCAACUUCCAGUAGUUGCUGAGAGGUAACUGCAAUUCCUUCAUAAAUUCCCAGGCCCUUUGGGCAAGAAUAGAAAACCAGGGUGAUGACUGUGCUAAAGUAGCAACAUGCUGAGGAAGCCACCGUAGUUCAGGUUUGUUUCUGCUAAGAACUGCUGUGGUGAUAAGAAGAUGGUUGAUUUGUGGGUGAGUAUAGCUACUUAGAGCCGCAGUUUGUUCAUUUAGUUUGUGGGUUGUUUCUUUUUUAAUAAAGAAAAGUUCAGGCUGACCCAAAGCCCAGGUUAAUUUACAUACAUGAUAUAGAAAAAAGUCAAAGCUGGAAAAUACUGAAGAUGAAACUACAUUGGAAUGGAGCCUGUAUUUCUCAGUGAAACCUUCCUUCAAAAUGAGCUUUCUCUUCCACAUGUUAGAAUACCAUAUCAUAGGCUGUGUUCUUGAAGUUUGUAGUCUGUUUUUUUUCCCACAUAUGUGUCACUGACAUGACAUAGCCACGAUGACAUUUAAAUGUGUUUUUUAUAAUCAUGUUGGACAUUGCCACAUUUUUCCUGUUCACUUUCAAACUCCCCAUGUGCAGUCACUAAAGAUUUGUAUUAUCUAAAGUCAGAAUUUGAGCUGUGUAAUGUUUGAUGCUGAGUUUUGUUUUUUUUUUUUUCUGAUUUGUAACGAACUUGUAUAAAGUGGAUUUUUUUUCUCUGUAAAGGGAAAACUUAACAUCUUGGCUUGAUUUUGAAGAAA